AUGAAAGUCGGCGUGUUCUCCUACUCAAAGGCGCGCAAGCAUGGCCUCCGAAUACUGAUUCGCCACGGUAAUGCCGCAAGGCUACCAACCUUGGACAGGAUAUGCACCGAUUAUCAUCAUGGUUGUGAAGCCGCAGACGACAGGGUUACUGGUGCGCAGGCUCGGGUGACGCUCCAGGGUGCUUACUUCAUACUACUCCCUUGCAUGCGUUCGUCCCCAGCCAUCGAACAUGACGAGCAAUAG